UCCGGCUACCACGUCAGCUGUUGCACUCAGUCUCUGACAUAGGCUUUUAGUUAUCUCUAUUUAUUUGAGCCUAAACAUGAGGGUACAGCCUUCCCGUCAUUAAUUUGUUAAAAAUUAACUUAACUGGCACCCUAUGCUGGAGAAUAUGUUAACCUCAGAAGGGUGAUCUACCGUGAAUCAUGCUUUGAGUUUCUUACUAUCGCGAACAGUUUGUCAAACACUGUACAAACGGUACAAACGACGGGAGAGCAUUGCCAUCUACCGCUCACGCAUCGAAGUUCAGAAGAAUGCAACAUGUCGAGUCGCAUUCUCAGCAUUCGGUAGUUAGCGAUCUUUCUCUUCUCCUUCUUCCGUGUAGUGUGCCAAAGUGAAUCAAGUGAACAGUGUGCACCCUCCUAGAAUGAACAGCCAGGACUAUGACUUCGUGCGGAACACUACCCUUCUCUUCUUCCUGGAUCGUCUCAUCGAGAAGGGGCAGCCAAGGACUCUUCAUGACCUCAGCUGCCAGUUUGGAACCAAGGGAUUCACGAAGGAGAUGAGACAGAUUGCUGGUGGAUCUCAGUCAGGACUUCACAAGUUCCUCAGCCAGUAUCCAUCCAUCUUCACCAUCGAAGGUGACAGUGUCAAUGUCACUGAUUUUUCCGCAGGACCAGCAGCAAAUGACAGUGCAGGGCGUGGGACUCGGGACUAUGCACAGGAGGCAUCAGACUACUUUAGCAAUAAGUUGAGGCAGUAUGGACCUGGCACAGAAGUUCCAAUAAAAUCAUUGCUGGGCCACAGGUCUCAGGCUCCGCCAGAGGUUCGACAUAUCUCUGGACAGCAUGUUAAGGAAUUCCAUGACUUCCUUGCGAGGUUUCCGGAUGUGUUCAUAGUCAAAGAGGAUGUUGUGAUGCUCACAGAAGAUCAAGACAAGGAAAGACAUCCCUAUGUGGAAGUGGAGCAGCCCAAAGUUGAUGAAGAGCUCACAAGGGACCUUUUAGAGUUCCUGCAGACAUGCAUAUCUGUGAAUGGUCCCACAAUCAUUGAUCAACUGUUCAGCAAUGUCACCUCAUACUUUGGAUAUGAGAAGUGGUCCAAGCUGUUCAAAACACCCCAGGACUUGUCUACAUUCAUCAAAAUGUACUCCAACAAGUUCUCUGUUCAUUCAAACCUGGUGACAUUGGUGCCUGUGAAAGACAAGCAGCCUGCCAAGGCCACUCCCAUCCCUGAGCCUGUCCCUGCAGCGCCCAGCCCACCUGCAUCCCUGCAGGUCUCCCCACCAACAAACUUCCAACAGCAGACUCUAAAACAGAGGGUGGGCAACAUACUGAUGAAGACAAUAGCUCAGAACACUGAACAAAAACGGAACACGUACAACUCUCAGCUCUCCGGCAGCCCGUCGGAUCAGAACCUCGCUCAGCAGAACUUGAAGAAUGUGCGGAUUGUGGUGAACACGAAGGAGUGCAGGAGUGUGGUGGCCAGUGUGCUGGAGGCGGGCACUCCGAUCGGAGUGGAUGCGGAGGGGGUGAACCUCGGGCCCACGGGGCCGAUGACGAUGCUGCAGGUGUGCACGUACUCGGGCCAGGUGUUCAUAUUUGACCUGCUGGCCAACCGCGACCUGAUGGGAGAGGGAGAGCUCGGCAAGCUGCUCCAGUCCGAGAAUAUUGUCAAGGUGCUGCAUGAUUGCCGCAUGGACAGUGCCGCGCUCUUCCAUCAGUUCGGCGUCACGCUGAGGAACGUCUUUGACACGCAGGCGGCUCACGCCAUUCUGCAACAGCAGGAGACCGGGAAGCCCGUCUACAAGGUCAAGUCCGUCUCUCUGGUGACGCUCUGCCGCACCUACGACGCGCCCAUCAACCCGCAGAAGGAGCACAUCAAAAAGGUGUACAGGAGAGACCAGAAGUUCUGGGCGCGACGGCCUCUCACAGACGACAUGAUCAUCUACGCCGCCUUCGAUGUCAUGGCGCUGGUGCCGAAAAUCUACGACGUCAUGAGCAGGUCGAUCGACCCUGCGCUGCAGACUCUCUUCGCCGACCUCUGCGAGGAGCAGGUCACCAUGCACAUCAACCAGGACGACGUGAAGCAGAAGAAGAAGCAACGUAAGGUCGAGACAGAGGUCAGUGACCUCAAGGAGAAGCUGGACAAGACGGCCGUCGGCAAGAAUCUCGUGCUGAGCAACCGCGAGAUCCGCCUGCUGCGGUACGUGGAGCUGACGGACGAACAGCGGGAGAAGCUGGAGAAGUCCUACAAGGUGGCCAAGAAGCUGGAGCGGCUGCAGCAGAAGCGCGAGGACGGGGAGGGCGCCGCGGACGACUCUGAGACGUCGUUGCCGUGGAUGAACGGCGACUCGGAGUACCCGAGUCUGAGCAGCAUGACGAGCAAUAACAGUGUGGAGAGCGGCGGACGCACAUCGGGAGACUCGUCCGCCGCCGAUAGCACCGGCGGGGUGCUCUCGCCGCGCAGCGUCACAUCGCCCAGCAUCUCGCAGUCGAUGGCCAUGGUGAACGAGGUGCUGGCCAACGGCAGUCUGGGCCGUCUGGAGCGCAUCCACCGGCUGGAGGAGGUGCUGGCGGCGGCCACGGAGGGCGCCGAGCGGCCCUCACCGCCGCCCACCCGAGACGCCGCCGUGCAGACACUCUCCACCGGCGAGGUGGUCAUCACCAAACUCUACGACGGCUUCACCAACUGAGGCCGAGCGCGGACGGCCGCCGCGUCUUCUGACAAUAAUCACCCAGGACAAUAUGUAUACAUACUACACUGACUGAGAGAGACAUUGAAUCCGUCCAGGCAGCCCCAGUGCGCGCCUUUAGCGACCCGGCAGCUUCGGUCGGCGGUGUGCCGACCCCCACGACGCAGUGCAGCAUUUACUAGCCUAUUUUUAUAUACCUGACUGGUGCAAACGGCUCGCCGGCCGGCGCGGCGGCGGUGCUAGCGCCGGUCAUAGAGAACGUCCUGUGAUGAUAGAACAUUUAUGCAAGUAGCCCGGUGAUCGGUGCGCGUGCGUUUGUUGCCUGGUGUGCCUGUGCGGGCGGCGCCCAACGGCUCAGCCGAUCUGUAGUUUUGUGACGCUCGGUAGCUAGCGGUGUGUGUGCCUGAGCGUGUGCGAACCCGAGUCGGCCUCAACCGUUGCAUUCUGUCUUCUCUAGUCAUCUUGUCCCAGCCCGGCUUCUCGGCUAUUUUACUUGGUCACGGUGAUUAUUUAUUGCGUAUCUUUAUUCGUGAAUUCGGGUCUCUGAUUCACCACGUAGCUGGUAGACAGGUGGCGGCGCUAGGCCGCGGUAGUGGUAGCGGACAGUGCCGUAUUGUUAAGUUGUGGCGGCUGCGGGCCGGCCGGUCGGCCCUCUGUGUCAGAUGACGCCACCCAGUGCCUCUGUGGGGCGGGACGCGCCGGCCCCAGUCAGCGCGCGCUGCGCGUGCCCGCGCCGCUCGGUCGACUUCUGCGGCGAGAAGUCAGACGGAAGCGGCGCGUCGGGUCAGCUCGGUCGGGUGUGGGGCGAAACUAACUCUCGCUUGUAACCUACGGUCACAGUCGUCAGAGUUACGCGUACUAACCGGGCGGUCCCCUGAGCGGACGCCCAGCCUUCUGAACGAACGAACGCGCAGUGGCGCACAAAUAAACCAAAGGCUGUA